AUGGUUCCGGUUCGUGGAAAAACAAGGCUGCUAGGGGACGGGACAAGUCUUCCUAAAGAGUCGGUUGAUGUAGAGAUGGAUAGUAUUCUUAAGAGAUACAAAAGGAGACCCAAGUCUAUGGAGUUAAUGUGUUAUGCAGAAUUUGCAUCAUGGUAUGAAGUCAUCCCUAAGCAGAGGGAAAAGAAAUCAGUUAAUGUUGAAGCAGAAUUACCCGAAACUGAAUAUGUUCAUGACCAAGAAGAUGACAUUGUGCCUAUAAAUGAUGACGAUGAAAUGACAAGUAUCGAUGCCGCUUUCACUGAACGGGGCACUGGGCCAUACACUUUGGCUUUAAAGGUCAAGGUUGUUGCGGUUAAGCCUGCAGAAGUAUACAGGAAGGAUGGCGAAGAGAAAAGAGUCAUGAACUUUGCCAUGAGUGACGGCAUUACCACGGCAAAAGGGAUCUGCUACGACCCAGCAAAGUUUUGUAAAUUGCAGGUGGGCAACACUUUGGUUGUGCGAAACAGCAUUCGCCGAACAGAGGAUGAGGUGAGAGUCCUCAUCUUGACAAGCACAUCGAAGGUGCUCAUGUCGGCACCCCUUCAGGUGCCUCCACAACAUGUGCAGGAGGGUGAGAGGCUCCUGAAUCCACCACCGGCAGAGAUUGUUGCAAUAAAAACUGCACUAACUUCACCUGCAAAGAAACGGGUCUCCAUAAGUGGGAAAGUCACUCAGGAAGACGAACCGAGAGAGGUGCAGGUCCAAGGUGGAAUGGUCCCCAUCAAGACCAUCACUGUCAUGGAUGACAGUUCAAAGACACAGGUCACUCUCUGGCGUGAUGCCGUUCAAAGUGAUGUGAGGCCUGGUGACCAUGUGACGAUCACCGAUGUGAUCGUCAACAGCUAUCAGAAUGUCCUGUCACUGUCCACAACUGCGAGGUCGAAAAUCCAAAAAACAGAAGCUCCCCUUGUACAGUCUAUCGUCACUGUGGAGGCAAUCGGUGUGAGCGACGGAGUUGCUGAAUGUUUUUGUAACAACGGAGAAAUUGUAAACAUGCCUGCUGAACUUCUCCAGCAGGCAUUAGAGGAGGAUGGACUUGUAAUGCCUGACAUCGAGAUGGCCACUGCAACUGCUCCAAUUGACCUGCAGUUGGUCUCCAAGGGCUCUGAAGUUGUGAGCGUCAUCAAAUUGUAGUUAACAUGAAAGUUCUGUACAUGUACAAAGUGUAAAUAUAGUAAAUAUAGUCUGUUUUUUUUGCGUGUUCUUA